GUUGUCUUGGCCUGUGUAACUUUGGUAUAGCUCAUUUUUUUCCUUGUGAUCUCCACCUUUUAUGCUCAAACAGAACCAUAAUUUCAUUUCAUCCACACCACCUCUCUCAUUCAACAAUGUCUGCAACGUUUCAUCGCUAAAAUUUUGUUGGCACCGCAUUGCUGAGGCUACUUGAAAAUCAUUGCACAUUUCAGGUUUUGGUUUUCGAACAAUUAGCACUGCGGUUUGAGGAGGCAAGAUCAUCAGAUGUAUAUAACUAUUGCAUAUCUGAAGCUGAGACUGAUUUCAACAAGUAGCUAGUGAGGAAAAACUUUCUGUGUAACAUAAGAUUUUCAGGGUACUAAAAUGAAGGGAGUAUUGAAAGGCUUCAAAUACAUAUCUAAUAUUUUCGAGGAAGAAGAUGAAGAUGAAAUUCAGAUUGGUUUACCAACAGAUGUCAAGCAUGUGGCUCACAUAGGAAUGGAUGGACCAUCAACCGAGUCGCCAAGCUGGAUGAAGGACUUUUCGGGGGAAAGGCCUAAAUCAGCUCCUCUUGACAGUAAGGGCGCGCCAAUAGAUCGCGAUGAGAAAACAACUACAGACACAGAAUUAACAAGGACAUCAAGGCGACGACAUUCAGCAGACAGUCUAGUAUUUGAUAAUAACGAUAAUACAGUACAACCUGCUAAAGCAAAGGGUUCAAGGAAAAAAAAGGGCACAAGAAGACACAAAAAAGACGCAGCAUCAGAUCAGGAAGGUAGUAGUAGUAAAGCCUCAGAGGACACGAAUACUAAUGGCGAGCCAAGUCCAACAAGUCCAACAGCAAGAAAAUUGCCUGAUAUUCCAAAGAAAUCACGACGAAAGAAAGUUAAGGAUGAGAUAAGCAAAAUAGCAACGAAAGCAAAACCGAAAGCAAGUGCUGAUAGUGCUGAUGGCCCUCCUCUUUCUUCUCCUGCUCCUCUUCCUUCUCCUGCUCCUCUUCCUCGUCCUCCAGCAACAACUAAAACAACAGACUCUGGCCCCGGAUCAGAUUCAACAACAGCAGUAACUUGUGAUGGCGAGAGCUGUCGGAUCACAUUAAAGAGUCCUCCCAAUGUAGCAGAGGAAAAUAGUUGAAAGAGUACUAAUGCUUGAUCAAUGAUUAUCCAUUUUUUUAGUUUUAGUUGCACUGAAUUAUUUGAAUCGAAUUUUAGUUGUUGUUCAUUGUAAACAGAUUGUAUAGCUUGACACAAAAAUCUAAUGUAAGAAGAAUCAAAUUUUAGUGCAAAUUUGCAGUUUGAGACUGAUCAC